AUGUCUGUAAACUUUCUGUCAAUUUUAUAUAGAGUCGUAAAUCCUAAACACCUGUCGUUUGCUUUUGCCCUACAUUAUCUUUCAAACAAAGUUAUUGCAAACAUCCCUGGUCCUAUCUUGUUUGGUCAUGUAGUAGAUUUGAGCUGCGAUAUUUGGCAAAAGAUUUGUGAUGAGACUGGUUUUUGUAUGAUCUAUGAUAUGGACCAUAUGAUGAAUCAACUCGCGAUUGUCACUGGUAGUCUCACUGGUAGGUUUAACGGUUUUUGGCGAAAUUACAGUUAUUUUGUUGCAAAAAUAUUGUUUCCUAGCCAUUUUCCGGGAAGUGGACGAACCAGGCACUAUUCACUUCAAUUCACCAACACUGAGGCGAAUAAUUGUUUUAGCAUAUACCAUAACAAAACAAAAGUGAUGAAAUAUAACAACGAAAAUAUAUUUUUAAGACAAUUUGUAUUUCAGCUAGCUCCUGUAAUAGUUGUAAAACAAAGUUGUAAAACAAAGUUGUAAACAAAACAAUGAUCUGGUUUCUUGCACUUCACCCUAAAAACAGCGUUCUAAAUUUAAACAAACAGUAUUUACAAGCUUUUAGUAAUUUUAUUCAUUAGAAAUAGCUUUAUAUAAAGACAAAACCUUAUGGUUUUCCUUGUGUUUGGUGAAACGGCAGCUUCAUUUAGUAUGUCCGGAGGUGCGGUGCCAUAGUGCAAGGAUAACGAAAAGCACUAUACAGUAUGGCUUACCGAAGAGAAGACGGCAGUGAAACUCAUUAGAAUAACAAUAUAACUCAUUAUCUAUGUUAGUCAACGUUUAUUUAUAAAUCUGGUCCUUCACCGUCACGUGCGUAUUGUAUUUUUGCCCAAUUCAAUAGUUUUAGGAAAGUUACCUAUCCUUGACUCAACAAUAGGGUAAAUUGGAAAUGACUGUUGGUGGAUUUGACAAAAAUACAAUACACACGUUACGGCGAAGGACCAGAUUUAUAAAAUAUGAAUGUUUAUAUAUUCAUAUUUCAUAAAUCUGGUCCUUCACCGUCACGUGUGUAUUGUAUUUUUGUCAAAUCCACCAAUAGUCAUUUCCAAAGUAGGACUCAUUGUAAUAUUGAUAGAUAAUGAGUUAUGUUGUUAUUCUAAUGAGUUUCACAACCAUCUUCCCUUCGAUAACCUAUGGGUUAACUGGUAUAAAAUUCAAUUUGUUUUCAUAUGAAAAACGAGGCAGCUUCGCCAGGUGAGAUUUCAUUUUGCACUAGGUCUCAGACUUGUUGGAUACAUUUUUCCGUAUAGAGCGUCGUCCCACCUUACCAAGAUGGGCAUUGUUUGGUGAUUCUGACCUAUAUAAUAGUUUUGAAUGUCACAGCCGGCACGGCCCUUCGUCCCAUCGAAGCUGGCCGGCAUGCAAUGAUCAUGACAUCAUGUUAACAAGAUUUGAGAUCUUCAUGUGUUUUUACUCAUAGUUAUUUUAAUAGAUGGUUAGGAGACUCGAUGAAAGUACAAUAUAACUCAUUCAGGGGUGUAACUUCUGGGAGGGUGGGUGGGAGGUGACCCCCCCCCCCCCAAUGUUUACAAAUGCAAUUUUGUCGGGCAACUUGUUCAGGGCACGUGCUAUUUGUUGGGCAAGGUUACCUUGCUUUACUGUAGUAAACAACGAAAAAACCGUAUUGCAGAAUUUGAAGAUUGACCGACGACCGAGUUUUGUUUUUAGCAUUGUUCUUAGCGUGUUUGGAUCAUGCAUUUCAAUCAGCAAGAAAUGAAGUACUAUAUAAACCUCGAAGAUGAUACCGCGGGCUCAAUAUCGAAAACUUGUAAAUGUGUAAUUGUUAAGCAAACGAGACGAAAAUGUGAGAGUUUAUUCAUGGUUUAGUGCUUUUUGUGACGCGUUGUUAUGUUUUAAAUGUCUGCUCAAAGCUCACGACGUCACUAGCAUAUUCAUAAUAUACAUUAGCAAAUACUUGUGUAAAACUACUGUCCACGCCCGUUUUGUCGGGCAAAACUUGAUUUCAUUGGGCAAAUAUUGUUGACACCCCCCAAAUGCUGAUACCCAAGUUACGCCCCUGAACUCAUUAACUAUGUUACUGUCCAGCUUUAUGCAAGAAUUUGGUCCUAUCUCCUCACGUGUGUAUUGUAUUAUUGUGUUAUCCAUCCGUAACUUGGACAAAUGUUCAAUUUAAACAUUGCUAUUGGUUGUGCGGGAAAAAAUACAAUACACACGUGACGAGAUAGACCCAAAUUCUUGCAUAAACCGAAACCAACACAGUUAAUGAGUUAUAUUGUACUUUCAUCGAGUCUCCAAACCAUGUAUUCUCUUAACUGAGGUUUACUCGAUCUUGUAAAAUUUUCUAGGAAUUGGGCUGGUGUGUUAUGGCAUCUCGUGGCUCGUGUACAAGGAAUUUGAACCAGUGGGCGUGGCGAAAAAAAGUUUGGAGAUUAAUAACCAAGGAUAUCUGGGUGAUAUGGAUAAAAACGGCACCGAUACGAGAAUGUAAUGAUGCGGAGGUAUAUUGCUGAACUUGCCGCCAGGACAUGCAUUGUAAUUUUGGAAUUUUAAUUUUUGAAUUUCACAAAUUCAUUUGGAUCAAUAAUGCGUACAAUAUAUUAUCAAUACAGUUAUACAUAUGAAUUAAUAACUUGAAGAUCCAAAAGGCAAGGUGCAUAUGGGUCCUUUUUCAGUCCCGCGUUCGUACCAAUAAUUUAGAUUUUGUGUACUUAAAUGUUACACAUAUUAGUACCCAAAGGUUCCAGAAAAUAUUUGUCAAAAACAAUAAGACUUUGAUUUAAUGUACUUAUUGUUACUUGAAUUAAUUUCACAUUCUUCUGUAUUUUGAAGGAAUAGAAUUCAAGCGCAAUAGCAAAAGUUGGGCAUAUUGGCUUCUUCAUAUGUAUAUCAACUUGUAUUUAAAGCCUAUAUAAGGCGUCAUAUACUUAUAUAUAGACAACCAGUGCCAGGCACAUUAACGGAUAUAACCUGUUUUGUAGGCAGUAUAUUUAUUUCAAUGUUUUGUGGUCAUAAUACACUCGCGGUGUUUUGACUGUUUUGAUUUGUAAAAUUGAAAAUAGCUGUAACUAGUUAACAGGGUGUUUAAAAAAGGCGAACCUUUAGAAAUCCACCUGAUUGUUAUAAUUUGAAUGCCAGAAUCCUAUACUAAACCAGGGCGAAGGGGAAAAAAACCCAUGGGGUGCCUAAACACAAUACACUCUUUCGAUAAUUACGUCACAACUGUUUUCAACUUAUGACCACCUUAAAUGGAAAGGAUUUCAAGUUUUUUUCUCAUGGGCUAUACACAGAGAAGCAGAACAUCCUUCUUCAACACAUGCAUGAAAAAGAAUUCUUUAUUUUGACCAAUAAAUGUGGAAAUAAGCUUUAACACGAAAACGAGGCUCUAGGUCAUGACCUGGAGCCUCGUUUUCGUGUUAAUGCUUAUUUCCAUAUUUAUUGAUCAAAAUCCAAAAUUUUUUUUCAUGCAUGUGUGUUGAAGAAGGAUGUUCUGCUUCUCUGUGCAUAGCCCAUGAGAAAAAAUCUUGAAAUCCUUUCCAUUUAAGGUGGUCCUAAGUUGAAAACAGUGUAGUUGUGACGUAAUUAUCGAAAGGGUGUAUUGAACUGAAUUUUAUCCAUGGAAGGUUCACUUUUUUUGAGACAUUCUGUAGUAGUAUUUUUAUUGUUAAUUUUUUCUAAAAUAUAUUUUAUAUUGUCA